AUGAGGAUCGCAUCUAUUCGUUUUGCCCCCCAAGUGCUGCUUUUUCUCCCGGCUUUUUCUCAAGCAGCGACUUGUUGGCGGAAUACCACCUGCACUGGACCAGCUGAAUCUGCUUUUCCUGGGGAUUGGGACUCAAACAUCUACGCACCGGUGUCCCGAAUAGUUCAGCCUAAGGCAAUUCUAUCACUUCCAAACAGGAGAAAAAUCUCGUCUUACCCAGGCCCAGCGAGUCUUAAGGGAAAUGGUUCUGGCAUAGUCUUCGAUUUUGGCAUCGAGGUUGGAGGUAUUAUUUCCGUGAAAUAUUCAUCAUCUGGAGCCGGUAGCCUUGGGCUUGCAUUCACGGAAGCCAGUACAUGGAUUGGAGAGUGGUCUGAUGCCUCGAAUGGGAAAUUCGCUGGAAGAGAUGGGGCCCUGUAUGCAAACAUAUCUGGAAGCGGCAAGGGUACUUACACUAUGCCCGACAAGUCAAUGCGCGGAGGGUUUCGAUACAUGACAGCCUUCCUGCUCGGUAAAUCAGAUAUCACAGUCGACAUUAUGGACAUCUCUCUCGAGUUAAGCAUUCAGCCCACCUGGGCCAAUCUCCGCGCUUACCAGGGAUACUUUCACUGCGACGAUGAACUGUUAAAUAAAAUUUGGUACGCCGGUGCCUACACUUUGCAAACGAACUCUGUACCGGUCCAUACUGGUCGCUGGGUUCCAAUGCUGGCGAAUGGGUGGGCCAACAACGGCACUCUGGGUCCGGGAGACACCAUCAUUGUAGACGGUGCAAAACGUGAUCGUGCUGUUUGGCCUGGCGAUAUGGGCAUAGCGGUCCCGUCUUCGUUUGUCAGUGUUGGAGAUCUCGAUAGUGUGAAGAAUGCUCUGCAAGUCAUGUAUAACUACCAAGGAAGUAAUCCUGAUGGGUCUUUCCCGGAAGCUGGUCCGCCACUUUUACAACAAAAUAGCGACACCUACCACAUGUGGACUAUGAUUGGAACGUAUAACUACAUGCUUUACACUAAUGACGUCUCUUUUGUACAGCAAAACUGGGCCAAGUAUAUAAGAGCCAUGGCCUACAUCUACGGCAAAGUGGGCCCGAGUGGCCUAUUGAAUCAAACAGGUACCCGAGAUUGGGCCCGCUGGCAGACUGGCUUCAACAACAGCGAGGCAAACAUGAUACUCUAUCGAACUCUCUACACUGGCGCUUCCCUCGCUACAUGGCUGAACGACUCAACGGGUCUUAGUAAAACAUGGUCCACCCGAGCCGAUACGCUGCAGGCCGCAAUUAACAAAUAUUGUUUCGAUUCCACCUACGGGGCAUUCAAAGACAAUGCCACGGCUACCACCCUUCAUCCCCAAGACGCAAAUAGCAUGUCAAUUUUAUUCGGUAUAGUCAACUCCACCGAUCUCAAAGCCGCAUCAAUAUCCUCCAGGUUGACAGAAAACUGGUCACCCAUAGGCGCCGUCGCGCCUGAAUUGCCAGGGAACAUAUCGCCUUUCAUAUCGUCGUUUGAAAUUCAGGCCCACUUGACAAUUGGCCGUGCAGAUCGGGCUCUCGAGUUAAUUCGUCGAAGCUGGGGCUGGUACCAGAAUCAUCCAAAUGGAACGGGAUCGACUGUCAUUGAAGGAUACCUAGUCAAUGGCACAUUUGGAUAUCGCUCAAGCCGUGGCUACGGAUAUGACGCAAGCUAUGUCAGCCAUGCACAUGGCUGGAGUAGCGGGCCGACUAGCACGAUGACAGAGUAUAUCCUUGGAAUGACUGUCACUGGACCAGCGGGUAGGACUUGGAGUCUGAAACCACAAUUUGGCGAUUUGAAGAGAGCUGAAGGGGGGUUCAUGACCAAUCUCGGGAAGUUUCAAGCGAAGUGGGAGCUGGAAUACGCAGGAUAUCAAUUGAAAUUUGCCACACCUAAAGGAACGAGCGGGGAUAUAGUUUUACCGUGCCUCGAGCAAGGGAAAAUACCGACAAUCAAAAUCGGUGGGAGUGUCAUCGCAGAGGGGUCGGCAAAGCUAGAGGGAAAUGGUGUGUUGAUGGCUGUACAGGGUGGAGAGUAUUCCAUCGAAGUUAGCAAGUAA